GGGACACAGAGAGGAGGAGAUAGGAGAAGACCAGGGUGGGGCCUGUGGACGGGACACAGACAAAAGGUUCGCGGGAAUGAGACGCGCCAUCGCAGUGACAGUACCUAGUGCACGGCCAAGGACUAAAGAAAGGCAACUAGCCGGCAUCUGACACCCCUCUGCCUUCCCCUGGGGAGCUCUCACAACCAUGUUAAAAAUGCCUGUGGCUAGAGGGGCCUCGCAGAGUUGAGGAUUGACGUGCGGCCGGCAUGUGGCCGUCGUGAUGACUGUUGUGUUGUUCGCAGAGGGGCCGACCCAACGUGGGAUGCAGAGCUUCCUGAAGCUGCUGAGGGAGAGUGGGGGCGCUGGGCCACCCCUGGCGGAGCUGGUGACUCUUGCAGGCAGGCUGUGCCGAGACCUCCAGGAUGACCCCGCCCAGGUGGAGCCCUUGGUCACAGCCGUGUUGGACAGUCAGCUGCGCCUGUACCUCUUGGACAAUGCGGACGUGGCCUUCGUGUGUGCCCGGGUGCUGGCCCAGCAACAGCAGCACCAGGCUGCCUGCCGGCUGCUGGAGGGUUGCCGUGUGCCCGGAGGCAGCCAGGAGCUGGUCCAGCUCUGGAACGACAUUCACUACCAUCUGGUCAUGAAGCGGCUGGGCGUGGCUGUGCUGACCCCAGUGCAGAAGUUCCGCUGCAGAAAGAGAAACCCACCACCCCUCUCCCUCUGCCCUGAUGGCCUGAAGAGCCGAAACUUUCCCAGAGAGGUUCGCCGGAAGCUGCACGACUUUGCCUCGAGCGUGAGCACCAACCCCAGCAAGGCCGAGCGGGAGAACCUGGCCUUGGAGACGAGCCUGACCGUAGAGCAAGUGUACAACUGGUUUGCCAAUUACCGGCGGCGCCAGAGGGCCCUUCUCCAGCGCCUGGAGCCAGCGCCGGAGGACACAGUAGAGGACCCCAGUGUGAGGGAGAGGGGUCCGGACCGCCCCCAGCCCUCAGACCACCCCCACCUUGGCUCUGGGUGUGUGGACAGGCCUCAGUGGCCAGCAGGACAGGAGGAAAAUGGGCCUGCACAAUCCAGAGAGACCGCCCAAGGGCCAUGGGAGUCGCUGGCCCUGGCCCCGGACUUUUCUGGAGAUGAGACUAUGCCAAAGCCAUUGCCUCCCAGGUCUCUGCAGGGUGGUGAGAUGUACCAGGAGGGGCCUGGCCGCGAUCCUGUCACUCUCCCUGCCAUCUGCCCAGGCCCUGGCGUCUGUCCUCUGGCUGCUGGCAGUGACAUGCUAGACCCUUCUCUGGCUGCCCCUGAGUCAUGGCUGAUGUCUCUUGCACUGGCGUCCUCCAGGGAAGUUUCCUUCCAGACCAGGCAUCUGGUUCACGGGCCUGGGUUGGACUUCAUGAUGCGCCCUGCAGAUGCAGCUGUGGCUGUGUCCGUUACUCCUCUGGGUGAGCCCAGCUCCACAGAGCAUGUACCUGGAGGAAGGUCCGGGCACUGGUGGUGGUCAAGAAGAACAACAGGCUGGCGGCUUCCAGGUGACACAGCCCCGGCCACAGCCUCCUGAAUUCAUCCUGACCCAGAGGUGAGGCACGCAGAGCCAUGGGGCUCAAGCAACAUUUUCUCCGGCCGUGGGUAAGGUAUUGUCUGGUUUACAUACAGACUUGUGACCUCAGAUGUGCAGAUUGAGUCCUUUCCUUAUGGGUUUCUGGAAGAAAAACAACAUUCUUCCCACCCUGCAUCUACCAGAAGCAGAGGGUAGUUUUUCCCUGAGACAAAAGAACACCUAGAAAUAUCAGAGCAGAUAUGAGGUCUGUGUUGUGGACAGUGCUCACGGUUUGUGUCUUAUCCAAGAUCACCCUGGGCCCCAGCAGCCUCUUUUUUGGCAUUUUCGUUUCCCUAGACAGAGGUUGUCUAAGUUUUUGAGCAGCAUCAAGUUGGAUUUUAUAUUCCAAACCGUAGUUUCAGAGGUGCUUGGGAGAGCCAUGAACAGCCUAGGUGCUGUAGAUUUUGGCCGUGGGGCCCAGUACAACAGGCCAGGAGAAUCUAGCGGUAGGGAAGAGGGAUGGAAGAGUGUGAGAAGUUGGGGGUCCUUUGGUGGAUCUCUGAUAGGGGUCACCAGCACCAGGUCCCCAGGGUUCACAGUCUCCCCAGUCUGGGAGCUGAAAGCCAGGUGCCCAGUACGGGCAGAACUACAGUGCAAUGUGUGAAAAAGAAGGGGAGCAGUUCUUUAAGUCACCAAUUUUCUUGCUGAAACAGCAGAUGGCGAGAAAAUGCAGACUAUGCACAGGGACUCACUUUUUCACUCGUGACCAGGAACCAUGAUGGAGAAAAUGCCCCCACUGGGUACCUUUGUGGUUUGCUUGGUCUCCCCACUGGCUGUAUCAGCCUUGGACUCCCAAGGCCCAGCCCAUCAUUGCUGUGAUCUGAUGACUUUGAUUUCUUCUUUAAAAGCAAAUUCAUUGGGGCAUAAGCGGCAUUCAUUAAAGCAACAUGUUUAGAUGGUA